CAUAUAACGAGGUGAGUCGCGAGAACUUGCGGACAGUCUGGAAGGGCUUUUAUGUGGGAGGCUUGAGCCAAGCGGCUCCCGGGAAGGCGGCACCAGCUCGUCUCCAUUCCAAUCCAGCUGCUUACUCCAGCGCUAUGACGAUACGCUCUCCAAGGCCCCUUGGGUUGCCAAGUUCUCCAGUGGCCGCACACUACUAUUUGUGAGUUAAACAACGACACUAGCAACAACGACACUAGCUGAUGAAGAAAUAUGCCCCCUACACGGAAAGGAAAGGCUACCUCUUUGCAGCGACCGAUCUGGAGACUGUCUACUUCGAGGCAGUAUUUGGAGCGUCCAUUGCGACCAGACUCGCCCAGGUAUCGGAGAGGGAGGGGAAAGACUCUGAUGUUGGCAUGGAACAGGCAGAGGGCGCUCUGGGAUCGCUCAGCGAAGCAUUCGAUGGAGGGUGGGAAGGCGCCAGCAUGGAGGUUGUGACAGACGACUACUUCGAUGCAGUUUACUUCCUACGCAGCGGAGACUUUGCGUGGCAAUUCAACAUGACUGAAAUGCGAGGUCGGCAACCGCUGACUUUCAUUGCGAAGCAUCUCCUUGCCCCGUUCAGUGUGCUGAUGGCGCAAGAUCGUGGCGUGGAGCCGGCUGACUCUGGGCGCCCCGUAGACAUCGUCUCAGCCGUACUCUCCGAUAGCGGCGUCGCUCGCGCUCUACGCAGGGUGACGGGCGCCCCGCCGCCAGCCCUAGGGGGCCCACUUUCGAGGAAGAACACGCCGCUGCCAAAGAAGGACCGCGCCGGGCUGAUCACGACACCUGUGGCACUCAAACCUAAACGCACGCCUUCGCCGGACCGAACACCUCUUGGCCGGCCUCCAACCCCACCUAGAGCAUCUGUCUCUCAGGCAUUGCCGCCCCUGAUACCGCCAUCAUCUCCUACGCCUGCCGCGAAGCGCACUCGCGCCUACGAUUACGCCGCGGGUAUACUGCCAUCCUCGGGCCCGGCGAGCUCUGGACCAGGUACCGAGCCAGGGCGCUCGCGCAGCACGUCACCGCUCAAGGGAGUGAUUGUCGCCGAGAGCAUCGACUUGCCGGCCAGCACACCUCCUGUCCCACCAUCCGAUCCGCCGAGCUCCACGUUCAAUCCGCCAUCAUCCACACAGGAUCCGCUGAUUCCCACGCAGAAGAAGAAGAGGAAGAAGGACAAGAAAGCCGAGGAGGCGGAAGAGGAGGCAGAGGCGGAGAAGCGCCGCACUGCAUUGAAACGGAAAAUGGCUACAGGGGGAGGUGGAAGGCUGGGACGCCGGCGGUAGUAAGCGUUGUAGGUUCUCAGUAUACCUAGUACAAAGACCAAUCUAUGAGCACACUCCGGCGACAUACGGGGGAAUGUGGAGCUCGUGCGGCAUUGGCCUUCCACUGAACGCUGUUGUCUUCAACGAGCCUGCCAGCGUCUUCGACUCAAGUGAUCAUGGUAAUGUCGUG